AUUUUCUCUCUCCCUUCCUUGUCCCCUGUCCAUGUCGCGUCUGAUUGGCUGACGGUUUUGGUGACAACAGCUGAGCAGGACACUAUAAAGGAACGUACCUACCUGUUCUCAGAAACAGAAUUUCCUCAGCAUUCACCGCGACAACCUUGCUCAUUUUACUACUACAUUGUUCUCUUGCCUCGUGCAACUGUUACAAGCAACUCCAACGAUUCUAUUGGACUAUUAUUGUGCUAACAGCGAAUCUUGACACGUUUCUCACCUAUCUUCAGAUAAGACAAGAACAGUUUGAAGUUAAUUUUGCAAAGUCUUUGAAGUCUUAUCAUGAAGAUGGCUGAUGUUUCCGACAAGCACGUGCAUUGCGCUAUGCUCGGAGAUGGCAUGGUCGGAAAGACCUGUCUCACACUCUCCUACACAGAAAAAUCCUUCACGGAGACCUACACUGCUACAGUCUUUGACAACUACCCUGUUCCCCUUCAAGUUGGAGGACAAGACUUUAUCAUCAGCCUGUUCGAUACUGCUGGACAGAGUGACUUUGAAGAUCUCCGAGCCUACACCUACAAAGAAAGCGAGGUCCUCGUCUUGUGUUUUUCUGUCUGUGAUCGCGAGUCAUUCUCCAGCGUAUGGAACUCCUGGAUUCCAGAAAUCAAACGCCACACCAAGCGCAGACGUCCCGUACUCCUGGUCGGAACACAGAUUGACAUGCGCAAUGGCAACGAGGGUGAGGUGGCUACAGAAGAAGGUGAAGCAAUGGCCAAAGCUAUCGGUGCUGACUGCUACAUCGAGUGCUCCGCCAAGAGAAGGGACGGCUUGAAAGAAGUCUUCGAGCACGUCGUGUGUUCCGCUCUCAAGUUCAGAAAGAAGAAGGUCAACAUCAUCGGACGCUUCUUCGCUCGCUGAACAAAGUGACAAUAACGCUUAUUACUGCUGCUAUCUCAACGAGAACUGCCAGUUAGAGCAACAUUGUUCAAAGUUCUUAAACCACCUCGAGAAGAAACAUGGACGUCAUUUGCUGCUCCUGUUUCAUCGACCCGCUGUGAUCCUGCCACACCCCAAGUGGCUUCAGAUGCCUAUCGAUUGCCGCCGUCAAGCGUCGCCGGAGAAGGUGUAAACACAGUGUUCCCCGUGACUCGUGGUUGUGAUGAACCAUCCGAAGGACCGUACUCGCUAACGAACUGAUCACAAACUGGUUACAGCUUGUGUACGGCAAACGAUGAACCAAUGACCUCAUUACAGAACUCUCGGUGAUUUUUAUAUGACGUAAUUUGUGCUAAUAAGAUCAGCCCUCCAUUACUUCUAUCUACGGACUUGUGAUGUCUACCAUGGUUGUCAAAGAUAUACAUUGUUGACCCCACUCGCUAGGGGGGGGGAUCACAAAGAUAUGAUAAUAACAAAACAUUCUGUCGAUCAUAUUUUUUUCAUAUUACCCCACUCUCUUUCUAAUUGGGUCAAACUUUCUGAAAACAAUUCCACAUGAAAGAGCACUUUGCUUUCUCUUGCUGAAACAAAAUACACCUGAAUCGAAAUACUUUGCCAGCAUGCUUUCAUGUAUGUUUUCCCUUUCCCAAAAGUUAUUUAUAUACUGCUCUAUGUGAUAACUUUUUGCUCGCCGCUUGUGACUUAUCAUUCUUACGGGUCUGUAAUGCUAGGCCUUUGAAAUAAUUUCACAGACAUAUAACUGAAAAGUAAACAGAAAUCAGGCACAUACAAACGUGUACACAUCUAAAACUAUACUUUUUUCGGUCAUAACACUACAAGCGAUGCAACAGUGCAAUGAUUUGCGCGAUUCUUUAAGAAAAAAUUGAUCCUGACCAAUCAUUUCGUUUGGGCCAUUUAUUUUUGAGACUGAAUUAAUGCAUCAUAAUUUCAACAACAUUGACAGGGGGCAUUCAGUCUCUUCUAGUCUGUUCUCUAACCCUAUGGUGCUUUCCUGUAUGUAGUUCUGCCUGAAUUGUAUACUCUGUCUGUGUCUUUAUCUUUUCAUUUCUUCGCCAACCUGUGCCUGCUUUCUGUCUGUUGUAUAGUUUAAAAAAGAUGAAAAAAAAAAA